GAAGGCCUCCCGCCCCAUUGACUUGCUCGAGUGUAUACCGAAUUUGGGAUUCCGACAAACGAGGGAAACGGUUCGCUGGGCUUUAUAAUGCGCCGCGCGGGGCCGUGCGUAGCCUCGGCGCAGCACCAGCUCUUCCGCCACCUCGUUCUUCGCUCUUCCGGCAGGCCGAGGCCUAGCGCCGUCGCCAUGGCAACCGCAGCCUUCCCAGGCCCGACGGCCAUGGAGGAAGCUCUGAGCCGCGCCGUCCCGCCGCUGCCGCCUUACGAGACCCGGGAGAAAGUGGCGGCGCCAGCCGGGGCCGCCCUGGAGCAGCGCGGCGCGGAGUUCAUGCGCUACUACUGCGCCCUGGAGAGCGGCAGGCCGAGGGCCGAGCUGCUGAGCCGUCUGGCCCGCGACUUCGGCGUCGAGCACGGCCGGGUGGCCGAAGUGAGCGGGAAGGUGGCCCGGCUGCUGCAGCAGCAACAACAGCAGCAGCAACAGGAGGCGGCUGGGGGGAAAGGGGAUCACGAACCCGGCGCCCUCCUGCAGGCCGAGGACCGGCUCCGCCACUACCUCACGCCGCGCUACCGGGGCCUCUUCCAGCACCUCGGCAGGCAGGAGGGCGGCCUCCGCUUCCUGGUGGAGCUCCGCAGGGACCUGCUUGAAGCCCUGGCGGCCAGGGAGGCCGAAGGGCCGCAUGUUAGGGAAAUGAAUGGAGUGUUAAAGAAUAUGCUUUCAGAAUGGUUUUCCACAGGAUUCCUAAAUUUAGAGCGAGUUACAUGGCAGUCACCUUGUGAGAUUCUUCAAAAGAUUAGCGAUAGUGAAGCUGUACAUCCUGUUAGAAACUGGAUGGACAUGAAACGCCGUGUUGGAUCUUACAGAAGGUGCUAUUACUUUGCCCACUGUGCAAUACCUGGCGAGCCGUUGGUUGUUCUGCAUGUUGCACUUACAGACGAGAUAUCUAGCAGUAUCCAGGCCAUAGUGAAGGAGAUUCCCCCCUUAGAAGUUGAGGAUCUGAACAAAAUCACCACUGCAAUUUUCUAUUCAAUCAGUUUGACUCAGCAGGGCCUGCAGGGUGUGGAGCUGGGGACGUACCUCAUCAAGCGAGUUGUUAAGGAACUGCAGGUGGAAUUUCCUCAGAUCAAAGUCUUCUCUACUCUGUCUCCCAUUCCGGGAUUUACCAAAUGGUUCCUGGGCCUUCUUUCUUCACAGUCCAAGGAGACGGGCAGAUGUGAUCCUUUCACAGAUCCUGAAUAUCAAGAAAUAUCUGAGAUCACAGGAGACCCUGCUGUUGAAAUUCUAAAACGCCUCUUAGCAAACAAUGAAUGGGUGAGGUCAGAAAGACUGGUCCGAGCUUUACAGCAGCCACUUAUGAGACUGUGUGCCUGGUAUCUGUAUGGAGAGAAGCACCGUGGCUAUGCCCUUAACCCUGUGGCAAACUUCCAUCUUCAGAACGGUGCAAUGUUAUGGCGUUUGAACUGGAUGGCCGACACAAGCCCCCGUGGCAUCACUGCCUCUUGCGGAAUGAUGGUCAACUAUCGCUAUUUUUUGGAGGACACUAUGAGUAACAGUGCUGCAUAUCUUGGAACUAAACAGAUUAAAGCCUCAGAGCAGGUUCUAUCCUUAGUAACUCAGUUUCAGCAGAACAGCAAACUUUAAAUAAAUGAGGCAGCUUAAAAAACAACAAAUGCCUAUUUAAUUAAAUGAGAGUCUUGUGGUGUUUGUAUAUAAACCCAGCAGACAUUGUCCCUAAUCUCAUCAAAGAUUCAGUAUUGAACUGCCAGGCCAUUCUUGUUGCAUUGACAUGCUUUGCCAGAGAGGAAGAGCACAUUUAUGUUCUGGAUGAUACUUCCUGCAAACUGAAAGAGCUGGGUAAACUAUACUUAGUGAAAUGGCAAGCCAGUGCUGACUCCUAUGAACUGUGUGUUGUCCCUAGCCUUGCUCACCAAAUCAAUAGCCUUGUUUAAUCCACAUCUUCAAAAGAGUCGCUGAACACCUGAAUGCUCUGACACAUUAAAGGGAGAGGGAGAUCAAUACCAGAGUUACUAGAUAAAAGGGACAAGUAAGGGAAGACUUUUUGUCCAAGUGCACAAACAAAACAGCAUCUCAGAGCACCACUCCAAUAAGAUGUUUGUUUUACACACCCUUGCCUUCUGUUCUGUGCUAAACUCUUUGAUCAGGCCAUCCAUGUUGGCAUGGCACAGAAUGCCACCACUUGAGUUAUAGCUUUGCUAGGUCGGAGUGUGGAAACACCUUGGUGUGUGUUUGUUUGUGAUUUUGGCUCCUCUACUCAAGUACUCUCCAGAUAACAAGUGUAUGGAAUGAAGUGUCUGCAGCUUUGCAGUAACUAGUUAUGAUUUCAGAAGUGAAAUCAAGACUUCAAAUAUUGAAGAGAGAAAAGUAAGUUGUAAUGUGUUUUAUGACGUUUACAGACUUGUUUUGAAUAUAAAUGAUUUUUUUUUACUUGCAGAAUUAUAUAUUUAUUAAUCUGAAAUGUUCCAUAUUAAAAUAAGAUUUUGCCGUGAAAACAGGCCCUCUCUGUUUUUCAUGUGGUGCAGCUACUUUAGCUAAGUCUUUAACAGAAGUUGAUUCUGUUGUACGGAUCCUCGCUACCCUGCAAUUUAGAAGACAUGAAGGUGAUGGAGAAGGGAGAGCCUAGAAUCUGUGUCUCAGAACAUGAAGCUUUCAUUUUAAAAUGGGCACGUUAUAUUUGGAAAUGUGUGACCUUUGAUUUAGCUGACAUACAAACCAGCUUCUGAAAUUCUGAAAUUUUUCAGGUCAUGCUGGGCCUCCAUAUUUCCCAUGACAUCCAGGGCUCAGACCCCCUUGCUUUACUACAGUCUUUUUAACAACGCACACCUGCCUUGCACUUCACCCCUCUUUCCCCAGUUCUGGGCAGUCACCGUUACCUUCACUUUUUAAGCCACUGCCUUCUCACUUACUUUAGACACACAGAGGUCUGGUUUCCACAUAAUGCUGAGCUUACUGUGUAUUGAACUGUGGUUUUUUAAACCAUGUUUUGUUUAAUCAUCUGAACCCAUGGUUUAUUGUUGGCUCACAAAUAUUGGUUUGCUUUAACCAAAGCUUAGUGCUGUGAAUGAAAACAACACCCUUAACCAUGGUUUGCUAGCCACACCAAACACUCGCCAGGCUUUGAAAGAAUGAGGCAGGAAUAGCUAUGAAGCAAACCAGACUAUGGAGAAAAAAGCUAUAGUUUGAUUUGGGGGGGGGGGGACCGACACAAUUCAUAGUUUAUUAAACGGUAGUUGCCAUGGCUUAACUUUAUAUAUGCACAGAUCCUUCUCUUCCUCUUUUGCUAGGUGUGCCUUCUCACUUUCUUGUCAGUGAAGUAAUUCUCAUGUUGUGCUAAUUGUGCUGCUUAAUCUGGUAAGGUGUUACAUGGUAUUAUGUUUAUAUUUUAGUACAAUUUAUGUAAUGUGGAGCAUUGUAAUUCAGGUAUUAUUUGUAUUACACAGCC